UAGGGUUUUUUUCUUUCUUUUAUUCCUCCUCUCUUAUAUCUUUCUGUUAGAAAUGGAUCCCUAGCAAUCAUUUCCCGGGAAUUCGAGCUCGAUCUUGAAUUUCAAGAGCGAUUUUUCGAUUCCGGGAGCAUUUUAGAUGGAGGUUCCACCGGCUAUGGAGGAGAACCAAAAGACAGAGAGCCAUCUGACCUCCGCUGCUGCUUUUGUGGAAGGGGGAAUUCAGGAUGCCUGCGACGAUGCUUGCAGCAUAUGCCUAGAGGCCUUCUGUGACAGUGAUCCUUCAACGGUGACUAAUUGCAAACACGAGUAUCACCUUCAGUGCAUUCUUGAAUGGUGUCAAAGAAGCUCUCAAUGUCCAAUGUGUUGGCAAUCCAUCAGCUUGAAGGAUCCAACUAGCCAAGAACUGCUUGAAGCAGUGGAGCGGGAGAGGAGCUUUAGGUUUAAUCCAUCACGAAAUGCUACUAUUUUUCAUCAUCCCGCCCUGGGAGAUUUUGAGUUGCAGCAUUUACCUGUAGGUGCAAAUGAUGCUGAUCUCGAGGAACGGAUAAUCCAGCAUUUGGCUGCUGCUGCUGCAAUGGGCAGAGCGCACCAUAUUGCUCGAAGGGAAGGCCAACGAAGUAGGGCCACAUCUCAGGGUCGUCCGCAGUUCUUGGUGUUCUCAACUCAUCCUAAUGCACCUCCUCCUGGUCCUGUUACUGUCUCUUCGGCUCAGAUGGGAGCAGACAAUGAGCGGGCUCCUGCAAUUAUUGCUGGUAGUCCAUCUGUACCUCUUGCAGCUGUGGGAGAAGAACCAUCAGACCGGACCCCACGGCUAUCUCCUGUCCAAACGAAUUGGAGUCGUUCCUCAGCAUCUGGAUCUAACGUUAGUGUGGCCAAUCGGCAUGGAUUAUCCUUCAAUAACCGGAGUUCUGGAAGUCAAUCGUCUACUGUAAAUCAUGAUAGAGCAGGACCUUCUGACCUUCAAUCUUUCUCAGAAUCCCUAAAAUCUCGAUUUAAUGCAGUUUCGAUGAGAUACAAAGAGUCAAUUUCGAAAAGCACAAGAGGUUGGAAGGAGAGGCUGUUCUCUCGGAAUAAUUCCAUUGCAGAUCUUGGUUCUGAAGUUAGGAGAGAGGUAAAUGCCGGAAUUGAAAAUGUAUCUCGCAUGAUGGAGCGCCUUGAGCCAAGAGAAAAUAGUAAGGCUGCUGGUUCUUCUGUAUCAAAUAACCCAGACGGUCCAGUUGCAGAGCCCAGUAACCUGAAUGUUGCAGAGUCACAUGGUAACAAUCCUUUAAGUGGCAGCAGCUCAUCAGCUUCUUGCACUGCAAGGUCAGGUUCUAAUUAGGUUGUCGUACAUUAUUGAGCAAUGCAUGUAUCCUCGGCAUUCCAUCAAUGAAGGUAGCUGACUUACAAUUAGUGUUGGAUGCUGAGGAUAAAGAUGCGUUUUUCAUCUCUUAGGCCAGUGAGUGUGCUAAAUUCAUGCGAAGAGCAAUGAUUAUUAUGGUCUGAUUCGAUUAUUCUCUAUCUCAUUCAGAAUAAAGAAAAAAAAGAAAAAAAAAAAAACUGUGCUCCCAUUCAAACGGAUUUCUAAAUGCGUAUUACACUAUUACUUGUAAAUUUGUUAAUAUCCUGCAUUAGUUUCAAAUGUACUGUGGUAAGGAUUGCCUUGGGGACAGUGGAAAUCAUACUAGCUUAUGGAGAUUAUUUAUACUUACAGGGAAUUUCCAUAUCAAAAUGUGAAAUACGUU